AUGCCAUAUUUAACUUCCAGCAACGAUUUCCGCAGUGAUACAUUCACCACCCCCACUAAAGAGAUGUUUGAAGUUGUGUCAAGCUCCAGUAUUGGUGAUGCUGUUUAUGAUGAGGAUGUUGAUACUUUACAACUACAACAGAAAGUGGCCGAAAUUUUUGGUAAAGAAGCUGGUCUGUUCUGUGUUAGCGGUACUUUAUCCAAUCAGUUAGCCUUAAGAACGCACUUAUUACAGCCCCCUAGUAGUAUUUUAUGUGAUUUUAGGGGCCAUAUUUACGUCCACGAGGCAGGCGGGUUAGCUACUUUGAGCCAAAGUAUGGUGACUCCUGUUAUUCCAUGUAAUGGUAAAUAUUUAACUGUAGAGGAUAUUGCUAAGUGGUAUAUACCGGAUGAUGGAGAUAUCCAUGCUGCUCCAACCAGGAUUGUUUCUUUAGAAAACACUUUACAUGGGAUUAUUUAUCCCAUCGAUGAAUUAUUAAAAAUAAAACAAUUUUGUGUGGAAAACGAUUUAAAAUUACAUUGUGAUGGUGCUAGAUUAUGGAAUGCAGUAGUGGCCAGUAAAAUAACUGAUCCCACAAUCUAUGGCAAAAUUUUUGAUUCGAUUUCUAUUUGUCUAAGCAAAAGUAUGGGUGCUCCUAUUGGCAGUGUUUUAAUUGGCGACAAAGCUUUUAUUAAAAAGGCCAAUCAUUUUAGAAAACAGCAAGGUGGUGGUAUUAGACAAAGCGGAAUACUGUGUAAAAUGGCUAUGGUUGCUAUUGAAUCUGAUUGGCACAAAAAUUUGCAAUAUUCUCAUGACUUGGCUCACGAUUUUGCUAAAUACUGUGAAAAUCUGGGAAUUCCUUUAGAAUGUCCUUGUGAUACUAAUUUUGUAUUUUUAGAUCUAGAAAAGUGCGGUAUUGACCCUAUUUUUUUGUCCACUAUUGGGGAAGAAAAAUAUAAUGUUAGGUUGAUGGGAAACAGAGUCACGUUCCACUAUCAAAUUUCUAGAAAAUCAGUGGAAAAUUUAAAGUUAGCUAUUAAGGAAGCAGUUGAGUAUGCCAAAGAACAUCCCUUUAAGGGAUCUAACGCUAAUAAAAUUUAUAGGGCAAUUGAAAAAUGA